AUGCCCGCCUCAACCCCCCAUCCCUCCCACCCCCCCACCACCUCCCGCGCCCUGCUCCCGCACCUCCCACCGACGCUAACCGUCCCCGUCUACGUCCGCCACACCCCGUUCCCCUUCCCCUCGCACCGCCGUCUGCUGCAGCUGCGCGCCAACAUCCUGCUGCUGCUGCCCGACGCCCACCACACCAGCCCGCGCGACGCCCGCAUCCUCCCGCUGCCGACCCUGCCCACCGCGCACGGCCGCCGCGACCUCGUCCUCCCAGGCGGCCUGCAUCUCCACUUUCUGUCCGCCCCCGCCCGCGACUCCUUCCUCGCCGCCAUCCGCGACGCCCGCCACCACGUCCCCCACCACCGCGACUACGUCCCGCUCCGCCGCCUCGGCUCCGGCGCCUCGGGCUCGGUCUACCUCGUCCGCGCACAGCGCACCGGCGUACACUACGCCCUCAAGGCCAUCCCCAAGCCGCUCAUGCGCUCGCACAUCCGCAUCGCACACCUCAUCGAGGAGCGCCUCGCCCUCGCGCGCGCCGCGCACCACCGCGCCGCCUGCAUCAUCCGCCUCGUCGACGCCUUCGAGACGCAAGGCCACUUCUGCUUCGUCACCCAGCUGGCCGCCUUCGGCGACCUGCGCGCCAUCCUCAAGCAGCUGCCGCACUCGCGCCUCGACGAGCACCUCGCCCGCCGCAUGUUCGCCGACAUCCUCCUCGCGCUCGAGGAGUGCCACCGCAUGGCCUUCCUGUUCCGCGACAUGAAGCUCGCCAACCUCGUGCUGGACGCGUCCGGCCACGUGCGCCUCGCCGACUUUGGCCUCGCCAAGCGCAUGCGCGUGGAACUGCAGCCCGGGUACGACCAGCCGCAGCACCACCCGGAGGAGGACGACGACUACAUGCACGACGAGGAGGCGUUCCGCCUCGUGGGCACGGCGUCGUCCUUUGUCGGCACGCGGCGCUACAUGUCGCCCGAGCAGGUGAAGACGGGCAUGUCGAGCGUGGUCGGGUACGGGGCCCCGGCAGAUAUCUGGGGGCUCGGGGUGUGCCUAUACGUGAUCCUGACGGGCCAGUACCCGUUCGGGCGGGCGGCGUCCACGAAUGGGGCGUCCGAGCUGUACUUUGCGAUCCAGUACGAGGAGAUCAAGUUCCCGGACUACCUGAGCGAGGAUGCGGUGAGUCUGCUCAAGGGGAUGCUGCACCGGGACGUGCGGCGGCGCGUGGACAUCAGCGGGAUCAAGAGCCACGCGUGGCUACAGGGCGUGGACUGGGGCGUGGUCAAGGACGAGGCGCGGCGGUCCGUGCCGCAGAAGGGGCUCCUCGAGCACCUGGAGAAGAACGCGGUGCGCCCCAUCAUCGACGAGGCGUGGGAGCACGGGUCCAGCGACUCGUCCGCGUCCUCGUCCGCGUCGGACCCGGUCGAGGCCGAGGCCAAGCACAUCACGGAUGUCGGCGACGACUGCAGGCUACUCGGCUUUGGCUACUGCCCGCAGACCAAGAUGGCGGUCUAG